CCAUUAAUGUCUUUAGCAGCCGUGUGAUAUAAGGAGAAGAAGGAAGUGAUCGUGCAGAAUCAGUCAGGUUGAUUAAGGUUCGAACGCAGCAACGUCUCCAGAGUUCACGGCUCUCUGAUCUGAUCCAGUGUGUCCGUCUCCACAGUCCUGCAGCAUGAAGAGUCCACCGUGGCCAGAAGGGAAGAAGCUGGUUCACCUGGAUCUGAAAGGUGCUCCCCCCAGACCAGAGUACCUCCAUGAACUGAUCUCGCUGCUCUCUCGGCUGGGAGUGGAUGGCCUGCUGGUGGAGUAUGAGGACACGUUUCCUUAUGAGGGGGAGCUGAAGCUGCUGCAGGCCACAGCACAGCCUGCCUAUAGCCGAGAGGAAGUUCUAUCCAUGCAGAUGUUUGCCAGGUCCAAGGGCAUCGACUUCAUCCCGCUGGUGCAGACGUUUGGCCACAUGGAGUUUGUGCUGAAGCAUCGGCCCAUGUGGGGCCUCAGAGAGCUGCCGCACUGCGUGGGCACCCUGAAUCCACACGCAGAGGACGGGGUGAGGGUGGUGAUGGAGAUGGUGAGGCAGGUGGUGGAGCUGCAUCCUGGUCUCAACACGCUGCACAUCGGAGCAGACGAGGUGUACAUGCUUGGUGAAGGGGAGCAGUCAAAGCAGUGGUUGGCCGCCUCGCCAGAACGUACAGUGCAGCAACUUUUCCUGAAUCACGUGACCAAGAUCGCCAAGGCCAUCAAGGAGGCGUGGCCUGACAUGAGCAUCAUAAUGUGGGAUGAUAUGAUGAGGAGUAUGAGCCAGGACACACUCAAAGCCAGCGGCCUCGUAGGACUCGUCCAGCCCAUGUUGUGGGACUACACCCCUGACCUGGAUGUGGACACAACUGUGUCUCUGCUGGAGAAGUACUGCAGUGCCGGCAUGUCGGAGCUGUGGGCAGCCAGCUCCUUUAAAGGCUCGACCAGCGUUUACACCUGUGUGACCAGCACGCAGAGACAUGUGGACAACCAUCUCCAGUGGCUGCAGGUGGCUGCUGCUUUACCUGCUGCCAUAAAACUGAAGGGAAUCGCCCUCACAGGCUGGCAAAGGUAUGACCACAUGUCAGUGCUGUGUGAGCUGAUGCCCGUGGCUCUUCCAUCACUAGCAGCCUGUCUGCAGACUCUCCUCCAUGGUCAGCUCAGCGCUGAGGCUCUGAGCACAGUGACUGAGAAGCUGGGUAUUUCCUCAGUGGAGGUGGACGUCAUGGAGAGGAGAUCUGCAGUCGACUCCCUGUUUCCAGGAAGGAGGCUGGCUGAGUUAAUUGUGGAGCUCGAUGCACUGAUCAACUCGGAGGACAUACGAUUUUUUCAAAACAGCAUGUAUGUGAGAGGAUGGUUCAGCCCCUACCAACUACAGAGGAAGAUGGUCAGCCCACUCAUCACCAUGGAGAUUCAUAACCAAGCAUCAACAUUUUUGACCGCACUGCAACAGAAGGCAGAGGCUGUAAGAGAGGAGAUGGUGCUUCUUUACCCAGAGUCUACAGCCCAAGAGUGGAUGGAGGAGCAUGUUAGCCCUGUGAUGGUUCCUUUACAGAGGAUAACAGAGGAUAUCAUAACAUGUAUAAAGGAGAUGGUGCCGUAGAAGAACACUGGCAGCUCCGUAUCAAACUGCUUUCUAGACCAAUUCAGACAUUGGUCUCCAUUUUAGUUUUUGCAAGCCAUAUAUGUGAAUUAACAGAAGUGAUUUUAUGUUGAAGUUGUGUUGAAGAGCAAACUGAUGAUUGUAAACUGCACUGAUAUUGAAAAAGAAAUGAAUGAAUAUCAUGAGCAGACUUGGGGUUUGUAUUAAAACAUUUUUAUAUAAUUUCUGCAAAAGAAAUAAAGUAAACAAAGACAAUAAAAUCUAUCAACAGUUAA